AUGAUCAACAGAGCAAAUCCGAUAUUAUGUCCUUCUCGAUUCUAUCCACUUCUUCUUAUUAUUGGUCUAUUUCUUAUGUUAGCAACAUUAUUAAUACAAGACAGAAAUGCAGCAAGGAGAUUACCAACUGCAGCUCCGAUGGGGAAAUUGUCGGAAGCAUUGAACUUAAAUCUUCCAAAAACUGAAUUGAGUCUGAAAGAAGUGCGUGUGAAGACACAUCGAGGACUUGUUUCAUUAGAUGAACUGAAUGAGAAUGUUUUCAAAAAGUACGGAUACGAGAUCAUCAGUCCAACUGUUCCUGUUCCAACCCUCAAAAUGAUCAAAGAACCAACAUGUGGAGAGAUAUUUUCCGAAUGGCAAAAAAUUUCCGAACAACCACAACCAGAGUACCCACCGAAAGAAAUUCCAGCUGAGAGAAAAGAUGAAUUUCUUCUUUACAACUAUGCAGCGGUCAAUGAGUGGUAUUUCAAUGACAAAAACUCGAACGAAGGAGAGAGACCAAGGAACUGGGAUAAACUUUCUGAGAUGAUCACAUGGCCGAAAGAAAAACUAGGAGGACAGGCAUAUGGAACUGAUGGGGUUUCGAUGUACAAUGCAAUGAAAUUUCAUCGACUGGAUGGGAAGAGUGGAGUUGUUAUCGGAAGUAUGCAGCCAUGGGUUGAAGUUUCAGCUCUUGUUCAUGGCGCUGCCAAAGUUCUUACUGUAGAGUAUAACAAUCUUACGAUUCAAGCAGAGUUUAAAGAUCGGAUGUCUUCUAUUCUCCCUAUCAAUUUUGUAAAGAAUUGGGAAACAUACGCAGGAACAUUUGAUUUUGCUGCCUCGUUCUCAUCUAUCGAACACUCUGGAUUAGGCAGAUAUGGAGACCCAAUGGAUCCGAUUGGAGACCUCAGGGAGAUGCUCAAGAUCAAGUGUAUUUUGAAGCCAGGAGGUCUCCUAUUUCUCGGUUUUCCACUCGGAACGGAUGCAAUUCAAUACAAUGCUCACAGAAUAUAUGGCUCAGUUCGUCUUGCAAUGAUGUUCUAUGGGUUCGAAUGGCUUGGAACUUUCUCUGGAGACACUGAACAACCCAAUGAUCUUACUUCUGAACGCCUUCAUUCCAAACCCAUUUUCGGGCAUUCACAAAAUACGAUUGUUUUAAGGAAGCUUUAA